AUGUUCAUGGGAGGAGGCCCUGACCCUGACACCAUCUCACUGGCCUCAGUCACAGCUGUCACCACCAAUGUGUCUAAUAAGAGAUCAAAGCCAGACAUCAAGAUGGAGCCCAGUUCUGGAAGACCAGUAGAUUACCAAGUGAGUGUGACAGUGAUUGAAGCCAGACAGCUGAUUGGACUCAACAUGGAUCCAAUGGUCUGCGUCGAGAUCGGAGAAGAUAAAAAGUACACCUCAAUGAAGGAAUCAACCAACUGCCCGUACUACAACGAAUAUUUCGUGUUCGACUUCCACGUCCCUCCAGAUGUUAUGUUUGACAAAAUCCUGAAAUUGUCUGUUAUCCACUCCAAAAAUCUUCUGCGUAGUGGAACCCUGGUUGGAACUUUCAAACUGGAUGUUGGCACCAUCUACUCCCAGCCAGAACAUCAGUUUUACCACAAAUGGGCCCUGUUGUCCGACCCAGAAGACAUCACAGCCGGAUGUAAAGGCUACAUUAAGUGUGAUGUUGCAGUUGUGGCUAAAGGAGACACUAUAAAAACUCCACACAAGGCCAAUGAAUCUGACGAAGACGACAUCGAGGGCAAUCUGCUAUUACCAGAGGGAGUCCCUGCAGAGCGACAGUGGGCUCGUUAUUACCUGAAGAUCUACAGAGCUGAAGGACUCCCCAGAAUGAACACCAGCAUCAUGGCUAAUGUAAAAAAGGCCUUCAUAGGGGAAAAUAAGGACCUGGUGGAUCCUUAUGUCCAAGUACUGUUUGCUGGGCAGAAGGGGAAAACAUCAGUUCAGAAGAGCUGCUACGAGCCCAUUUGGAACGAGCAGGUUGUCUUCACGGAGAUGUUUCCGCCGCUCUGCAGACGCAUGAAGAUCCAGAUCCGCGACUCGGACAAAGUGAAUGAUGUCGCUAUAGGAACACACUUUUUAGACCUGCGGAAGAUUUCCAAUGAUGGAGAUAAAGGCUUCCUUCCCACGCUGGGACCUGCCUGGGUGAACAUGUACGGCUCCACUCGUACCUACACCUUGAUGGACGAGUACCAGGAGCUCAACGAAGGCCUCGGCGAAGGGGUGUCCUUCAGGGCCCGCCUGCUCAUCAGCCUGGGUGUGGAGAUCCUGGACCCCUCUUCACCUGAAAUAACCAGCUCCACGGAGGUGCAGCUGGAGGGAGUGCCCAACAUCUCAGAGACCGCCACAGGGAAGGUCGAGGAGUUUUUCCUCUUCGGGUCUUUCCUGGAGGCCACGAUGGUCGACAGAAAGAUUGGUGACAAGCCCAUCAACUUUGAGGUCACCAUAGGUUACUAUGGAAACGAGAUCGAUGGAAUUAUCAAACCAAAGACGAAGGGGAAGAAAGGCGACGGCGAUGAGGAGGAAACUGAGCUGAUCCACAACGACAGCGACGAGGAGGUGGACGAUGACGGAGAUCUGGCUUCAGUGGCGACAACUCCGCCCAUGAAACCUGUCAUCACCGACCGAAACUACUUCCAUCUGCCGUAUUUUGAGAGGAAGCCGUGUAUUUACAUCAAGAGUUGGUGGCAGGAUCAGAGGAGGAGGCUGUACAACGCCAACAUUAUAGACAACAUUGCUGACAAGCUGGAGGAUGGACUGAAUGAUGUGCAAGAGAUCAUCAAGACAGAGAAGGCCUAUCCUGAGCGCCGGCUCAGAGGAGUCCUGGAGGAGCUCAGCCAAGGAUGCAGUCAGUUUCUUUCGCUGGCAAACCAGGACCAGAAUCAGUCGGGCAGAACCAAGCUGGACAGGGAGAGACUGAAGCUGUGCAUGGCAGAAGUGGAGAGCAUAGGUCAGCAAGCUAAGGCCAUGAGGUCACAGGUGAAAAAGAGCACAGUGAGAGACAAAAUCAAGCUGGCUCAGAACUUCCUCACCAGGCUGCGCUUCCUGGCUGACGAACCUCAACACAGCGUUCCUGAUGUUUACAUUUGGAUGAUAAGUAACGGGAAGCGCAUUGCUUACGCACGUGUCCCUUCCAAAGACAUCCUUUACUCCAGCAUAGAUGAGGAGAGAGGAAAGGACUGCGGCAAAGUCAAAACUAUCUUUCUCAGGAUUCCCGGUAAGAAAGGCUUCGGGCCUGCCGGCUGGACGGUUCAGUCCAAGAUUGAGAUUUAUCUGUGGCUCGGUCUGAACAAGCAGCGCAAGGACUACCUGAGCGGCCUGCCCAAUGGAUUCGAGGAAAACAAGUUGUCGAGAGGACCUGGACUGCCGUGUUCACCUCCCAUCAGCCUCACAUACAUGAUGAAGCAGAUCUUCCAGCUGAGGGUCCACAUGUAUCAGGCCCGAAGCCUGUUUGCAGCUGACAGCACAGGUCUGUCUGACCCCUUUGCAAGAGUCUUCUUCUCAACACAAAGCCAAGUCACUGAGGUGCUGGCUGAGACUCUCUGUCCUACAUGGGACCAGCUGCUGGUUUUCGAGAACGUGGAGCUGUUUGGAGAAGCCAGCGAACUGAGAGAUGACCCCCCUAUUAUCGUCCUUGAAAUCUAUGAUCAGGACACAGUGGGCAAAGCUGACUUCAUGGGCAGAACCUUUGCUAAGCCCAUAGUCAAGAUGGCGGACGAACACUACGGUCCGCCACGUUUCCCCCCCCAGCUGGAGUACUAUCAGAUCUACCGAGGGAACUGCACCGCUGGGGAGAUGCUGGCAGCCUUUGAACUGCUGCAGAUUGGUCCCAAUGGAAAAGCUGACCUUCCUCCCAUCGAUGGUCCAACAGACAUGGACCGCGGACCCAUCCUGCCUGUGCCCCUGGGGAUCAGACCAGUGCUCAGCAAGUACAGGAUUGAGGUGUUGUUCUGGGGCUUGAGGGACCUGAAGAGGGUGAACCUCGCUCAGGUGGAUCGGCCUCGAGUGGACAUCGAGUGCGCCGGAAAGGGAGUCCAGUCUGCCCUGAUCCCCAACUACAGGAAAAACCCCAACUUCAGCGCUCUUGUCAAGUGGUUUGAAGUGGAUUUGCCCGAGAAUGAGCUGCUUCACCCACCGCUCAACAUUCGAGUUGUGGACUGCAGAGCUUUUGGCCGCUACACUCUGGUUGGCUCUAACGCUGUCACCAGCCUGCGGAAGUUCAUCUACAGGGGAGCAGACAAGCAGGCCAACAACUAUUCCACCACAGAGGAAAUUGUUGUUGUCAGCCUGGAAACCGAGCCUUCUUUUAAGAAGAUGGAAACUGUGGUCAAACUGGACUGUGGCUCUGAUGCUGUGGUCAAAGUUGAGGAUGAUGACAAGGACGGAAAGGGGAAAAAGAAGAAGAGAAAGAAGGGAGACGAGAUGGAAGAGGAGGAACUUGACGAGAGCAUGCUGGACUGGUGGUCCAAAUAUUUUGCCUCCAUCGAGACUUUGACAGAAGCACUCAAGGCUCAAGAGGCAGCCCUGUCAGAUUCAGAGGACAAAGAGGAAAUGGACAUUGCAGAUGGUGGAGAUAUCAAACCUGAUGAAUCUCCUGUGAAAGGCUCCAAGAAAGGAAAAGGAAAGAAGAAGAGGCCGGCGGUCGACCCGUUUGAGAGGAAGAAGCCGAAGCUGGAUGAGCUGAAGGUGUAUCCCAAAGAACUGGAAGCUGAAUUUGACAACUUUGAGGACUGGCUGCACAGUUUUAACCUCUUCAGGGGGAAGGGUGGUGAUGAUGAUGACCAAAAUGUGACAGAUGAGGACAGGAUUGUUGGAAAAUUCAAAGGUUCGUUGUGCAUGUACAAAGUGUCGGACGAUAUGCCCAGAGACAUGAGCUUCGACUCCAACAUGGGAAUGUUUCAGAACAUCCCUCACAACGAUCCCAUUAACAUCCUCGUCCGCAUCUACGUCAUCCGGGCAACUGACCUGCACCCAGCAGACAUAAACGGGAAAGCCGACCCCUACAUUGCUAUCAGACUGGGAAAAACAGAGAUCAAAGACAAAGAGAACUACAUCUCUAAACAGCUGAACCCUUUGUUUGGGAAAUCUUUCGAUGUGGAGGCCACGUUCCCGAUGGAUUCCACACUAACGGUGUCAAUUUAUGACUGGGACCUGGUGGGAACCGAUGAUCUGAUUGGAGAAACCAAACUUGAUCUGGAGAAUCGCUUCUACAGCAAACACAGAGCCACAUGUGGUGUCACGCGUAACUACGCCAUCCAUGGUUACAAUGUGUGGCGAGACCCGAUGAAGCCCACACAAAUCUUGGCUAAGCUGUGCAAGGACGGCAAACUGGACGGGCCUCACUACGGCCCUGGAGGAAGAGUGAAGGUGGAGAAUCGUGUUUUCAUGGCACCGACCGAGAUAGAGGAUGAAAAUGGUUUGAAGAAGCAGACUGAUGAACACCUCGCUCUCACUGUGCUGAACCAUUGGGAGGAAAUCCCUCGAGUCGGCUGCAAACUCAUCCCCGAACACGUGGAGACCAGACCACUGCUGCACCCUGACAAACCAGGAAUUGAACAGGGAAGAAUUGAGAUGUGGGUGGAUAUGUUCCCAAAGGAUAUGACUGCGCCCGGCCCGGCACUUGACAUUUCACCAAGGAAACCAAAGAAGUUUGAACUGAGGGUGAUCGUCUGGAACACAGAUGAAGUGGUUCUGGAGGACGACGAUAUCUUCACUGGCGAGAAAUCAAGUGACAUUUUUGUUCGCGGCUGGUUGAAAGGGCAGCAGGAGGACAAACAGGACACCGACGUCCACUAUCACUCCAUCACCGGAGAGGGCAACUUCAACUGGCGUUUCGUCUACCCCUUUGACUACCUCAUGGCUGAGGAGAAGAUUGUCAUCUCAAAAAAAGAGUCCAUGUUCGCCUGGGAUGAGACCGAGUACAAGAUCCCAGCUCGACUCAACCUGCAAGUGUGGGACGCUGAUCAUUUCUCGGCAGAUGAUUUCCUGGGUGCGAUUGAGCUCGACCUGAACCGUUUCCCGCGUGGUGCAAAGACCCCCAAGCAGUGUACCAUCGAGAUGGUGACAAACGAAACAGAGAUGCCCAUGGUGUCCAUCUUCAAACAGAAGAGGAUCAAAGGCUGGUGGCCGUUUGUGGCCAGAAAUGAAGAAGAUGAGUUUGAGCUCACGGGAAAAGUGGAAGCAGAGCUGCACCUCCUGACAGGAGAGGAGGCUGAGAAAAGCCCAGUUGGUGAAGGACGCAACGAACCAGAGCCGCUGGAGAAACCCAACCGUCCAGACACCAGCCUUCUGUGGUUCCUCACUCCCUUCAAAGCCAUAAAACAUUUGAUCUGCACCCAGUACAAGUGGCUGGCCAUCAAGAUUGUCACAGCUCUCCUGCUGCUGGCUAUGCUGGCUCUUUUCCUCUACAGCAUGCCUGGUUACAUGGUCAAGAAAAUGAUGGGAGCUGCGAAACACCUGAUAUGCGACCAGUACAGGUGGCUGACCAUCAAGAUCGUCACCGCUCUCCUGCUGCUGGCCAUCGUGGCUCUUUUCCUCUACAACAUGCCUGGAUACAUGGUCAAGAAGAUAAUUGAGGAGGCGUGUCGGGACAGACAGCCCAACAAUGUCCAGAGCCUUCAGCAUCUCAGGGCGAUCUUGUCUACAUGCAGUGCCCUGCGCCUGCAGUUUCUUGACUACCUCUGUGGCUUCUGCCAUGGACCUGGCCGUCCAGAUAUCGCCCUCCUCUGGUUCCUCAUCCCCUUCAAGGCUGCGAAACACCUCAUGUGCGACCAGUACAGGUGGCUGACCAUCAAGAUCGUCACCGCUCUUCUGCUGCUGGCCAUCGUGGGUCUUUUCGUCUACAACAUGCCUGGAUACAUGGUCAAGAAGAUGAUGGGGUACAGGUGGCUGACCAUCAAGAUUCUCACCGUUCUCCUGCUGCUGGCCAUCGUGGCUCUUUUCCUCUACAACAUGCCUGGAUACAUGGUCAAGAAGAUCCGUCCAGAUAUCGCCCUCCUCUGGUUCCUCAUCCCCUUCAAGGCUGCGAAACACCUCAUGUGCGACCAGUACAGGUGGCUGACCAUCAAGAUCGUCACCGCUCUCCUGCUGCUGGCCAUCGUGGCUCUUUUCGUCUACAACAUGCCUGGAUACAUGGUCAAGAAGAUGAUGGGGGUUUGA